AUGAGCGAAACGCGCCAAUAUGGCGACCUCGCGACCCAGCUCGUCAUGGAAUCCCGCCGCUCGACACAGACCGAUACCCUGCUCAAGUACAACGACCCUCUCGUGCGCUCGAUCAUCCGCGAGCAGCGCGAUCUCGAAAAAGCGGCCGUGGCCCUGAUGGUCGCGAACGCAGACGCGACCGGGGCCCCGCCCCCCGCUCUCAUCAUCAUCCAAACCGCCAUCGCGCGCAAUAAGAGGUGCCUCCUGGCAUACCAUCACCACAGGACGACGUUUCUCUGUUCCCUGUACUGGUCCCUCGGCGCGUCCCUCCCGCCCCUCUUAUCCGCGGAGGCGACGUCAAUCCGCUCCAAACUGUCUCCGCACGAAGUUGACUACCUGCGUUCGUACCAUGCGUCCGUGAUGACUUUCCGCGCUGAGUUCUCCGACGAGCUGGAUAUCACCGCGAGUAUCACUCAGCCACCGAAGGACCUGCACGUUCUCGUGCGUGUUGUCCGCGAUUGUGGGGUGAUCCAAACGGAGUCGGGGACCAUCGAUUUCAGGAUGGGACAUCGAUUCAUGGUGAGGCGUUCAGAUAUUGAACAUUUGAUUGUGCAGGGGUAUUUGGAAGAGGUCUGA